AUGGAAAACAGCCAAAGCAAACAAACUGAGGCAGAGCACUGCAAAACCCAGAAGAAAUUGAUCAGAGAAAAAGCGAGAGCGCGAGCAAGGGAGAGAGAGAAAGGAGGAGGAGUGGUCGCCGUAGCCGGUGGUUGGUGGCUGGAGGAAGAUGGAACCGGAGCUGCUGUAGAGGGGGAUGAAGGAAGUGAAGCAAUGUCGAAGCCUCCAGAUGUAGACAUCGAAGAACCAAUAGCUAUCCCAUUUUACCCCUGA